GACGGUCAAACCAGUCUUUGCUGCCAGGCUGUGCUUCCGUAUUUACACACCCACAAAAAAAAAAAAAAAAAAAAAAAAAAAAAAAAAAAAAGCGCACACACACACGCAAGGCUCACACUAGCGGCCGUCGGGUGAAUGUUUACCGAGCAAGCAAUAGAGUGGCGGUGCGGAAAGUGACAGUCGCGCUGGAGCCUCGGUGUAUGGUGAAACACAGGUGAUUUCUGCUUCCACGGUCCCAUUUCACAACGGAAUGUUCACUCGAAGGGGACAUGGGGACGUCAAGAAAUCUACACAGAAAGUUCUGGACCCAAAGAAGGAUGUUUUGACCCGGCUGAAGCACCUGCGGGCGCUGAUAGAUAUCAUUGACAAGAGUGAACUGAAGCCGUUUUUUGAAAGCAAUUGCUCUCAGAUUUAUUUUAUCUUCUAUGAAAAUUUCAUUACACUGGAAAGCAGCCUAAAACAAAAAGGGAACAAAUCUCAAAGGGAGGAGCUGGACUCUAUCCUCUUUAUUUUUGAAAAAAUUCUUCAGCUUCUGCCUGAGAAAAUCUACAACAGAUGGCAGUUUCACAGUAUAGUGAAGCUGACAAAACUUCUGCACAGUGGAAAUUCAUUCAAAAUCCGCUGUGAGGGAAUCCGUCUCUUCCUGCUGUGGCUCCAGGCUCUAAGGGACAACUGUGCCGAGGAGCAGUUCCUUAUCUUCGCCUGUCUGGUACCAGGAUUCCCUGCUGUUCCCUCCUCCAGAGGACCAUGUACACUUGACACCAUCAUCAACAACCCAUCUUCUAACCCCCUAGAAGCUAAGGUAGUGCCUGAGGAGAUCACCCCAUUGGUACCGGCUGUGUCUGGAGAGAAAGUUGCAGAGGACCUGACCUGUUACUUUCUUGAAACACUGCUCAAGUACAUGGUCAUCCAGGCAUCCAGCUUAGAAUGGAAGAACAAAGAGACUGAAGACACGGGCUUCAGGUUUCUCUUCAGUCUUUUCAAGAAGUACUACCUUCCACAUCUUUUCCCCUCCUUCACCAAACUCACAAAUCUUUAUAAGCCUUUGUUAGAACUCCCGCCGCUCAGAGCGAAGCCCUUGUAUGUGCCGGUGACGCGGAACAACGAGAGCAUCUUCUGCACAAGGGAUCAGUACUUGGCACCCAGAGUGGCCUUCAUCAACUGGCUGGUCACUUUCUUCCUGGAGAAGAAGUACGUCAACAGUGCUGCUGCAGCGCAGAGCGCCAAGAACGGCACUGAGGUCAUCCCCAAACUCAUCCAGACUGUCACUGCAGGCAGUAGCAGCCAGGAGAAGGAGAAAGAUAAGAGCUCUGAUGGGGAUACUAACGGGCCUCCAGGGGAUACGGAAAAGAGCCACUCCAACAGCAGCACGCUGUCCGAUCGACGGCCCAGUGAUUCCAGUUUGUGUAGCAUUGAGGAGGAGCACAAGCAUGUCUAUGACAUGGUGCAUUCCAUUCUGCUGUCCACGAGGGACAAUGUUAACUUUGUCAAUGAAGUCUUCCACCAGGCUUUCUUGUUGCCCUCCUGUGAAGCCUCAGCAACCAGGAAGGUGAUCAAAGUGUACAGAAAGUGGAUCCUGCAGGAGAAGCCCGUCUUCAUGACCGAGCCUGACCCAGCAACACAGGAAGAUGACCACUCUGAGAGCAUUCUAAGCACGGACGCACACAUCAUUCACGUAAAAGUCCCCUGCAAGACGCUUGAGAGUCAAGGCCACAAACGGUCGUCUAGCUGGGGAAGGACAUACUCGUUCAGCAGUGCCAUCAAUCGGGGCUUUCUUACCGAGGAGGAGAACAGAGACGUCAAAGUCGGCAUGCAGCCCACACUACAGGUGUUCCUCACCAACUCAUCCAAUGUGUUCCUGUUGGAGCCAUGCCAGGAUGUGCCAAAACUCCUGGAGAAUCAGGUUGAGGUGUGCAAGAAUGUUCUCAGCAUCUACCGGCACAUGAUCAUGGAGCACAGCAUGACUACGCAGACAUGGGAGCAGAUGUUGCAGGUGCUACUGAAGAUCACAGAGGCAGUCAUGAAAAGGCCACAAGAUAACCAAAGAAAAGACAGCUUUGCUGAAAGUUUAGCAUCCUUACUUUUUAGGACUAUUAUUGUGGCUUGGGUUCGAGCAAACCUCAGCGUAUUUAUCUCUCGGGAGCUGUGGGACGAGCUGCUGGCAGUGCUGUCCUCUCUUACCUGCUGGGAGGAGCUGGUGACGGAGUGGGCCAGCAUCAUGGACUCGCUGACGGCGGUGCUGGCGCGCUCCGUUUAUGGCCUGGACAUGGCCAACUUGCCUUUAGACAAACUCAGUGAACAGAAGGAGAAAAAGCAGCGAGGACGUGGAGUGAUCCAGGACUCCCAGAAGGCAGCUGCAGUUGCACGCUCGUUCUCACUGAGCUGGAGAAACCAUGGAGAGCAGGUUGGGCCCGGAGCCCAGGAACCGAUGAGGAUUCGCUCUGCCACUACCUCAGGAGCACCCGGUGUGGAGAAAGCCCGCAACAAUGUCCGCCAGAAGGCCUCUGAUGUGGAGGAGUGUCAGCUCUCAGAAUGCGGCGGAGAAGAGGAGGUGGGUGGCAGGGAGAGUCCUCUGCAGCGGAGCAGCAGCACCUCAGACAUCACCCAGCAGCUGUCUGACACUUUACCAGCCCCAAAGAGAGACUACUCCCCUACUUCUUGUGGUUCUGACAGCAGGGUGUCUGAGGGCAGGACUGAGAGCAAUGAGCCACCAAUGAUAUUGAUCCGACGGAGCAGCAGUCCAACUGAGACAGACACAGACGGACCCUCAACCUACACAAGACACAAACUUAGAGAUAAAAGUGAAAGCGUGAGUAGUGAGACAUCCAACGGCUACCUCAACGAAGCUGAAGUUACCUGGCAGACGUUUGAUGAGGAGGCCGACACACAGUCCACGCAGUCGGCUCACAUGGAUGUUACAGCGGACCCCCAGAACCAGGGGAGUCUGCUGCUCAGCCACAAUGAUGCUCUAGCAGGUCCUGAGUGUGCCCUCCUUCCCCACUCUGCUCCUCCCUACCACUACCCCCAGAACCCCCCCUCUUCACCAGCCCUGAUGGUGCACACAGAGUGCCCGCGGGACUGUCCCCUGGAUGACACCAUGCAUCAGUCUGUCUUACACAUGCCACACCAAUUGGACAGCAGUGAGUGCCUCGCCGAUGAUGUCAGCAUCAUCGCUGGGGGGACACUGACUGGUUGGCAUCCUGAUUCUGCUUUUGUCCUCUGGAGGAGGAUUUUGGGCAUCUUGGGAGACGUCAACAACAUCCGCUGCCCUAAGAUCCAUGCCAAGGUUCUCUCCUAUCUCUAUGAUCUCUGGCACAAGCUGGCCAAGAUCCGGGACAAUCUAGGAAUCAGCGUGGAUAACCAGUCCUCUCCUCCCCAGCCUGUGUUCAUCCCUCCUCUUCGAAUGCUGGCAUCGUGGCUCUUCAGGGCAACCAUGCUCCCAGCAGAGUACAAGGCUGGCAAACUGCAGGCUUACAAGCUGAUCUGCGAGAUGAUGACCAGACACCAGGAUGUGCUCCCCAACAGUGACUUCUUGGUGCACCUUUACCACGUCAUGCACAAGGGCUUCACCAGCGACGACCAGGAUGUUUUGAAUACUAUCGUCCGCUCCUGCUCGCCCCGCUUCUUCUUCCUCGGUCUCCCGGGCUUCUCAAUGCUGCUUGGAGAUUUCAUCACUGCUGCCGCCCGCAUCCUCUCUUCUGACUCCAAAGAGGCUCCGAGGAUAGAGGCUCAGACGAUCUUGGGCUCCCUCGUGUGUUUCCCCAACCUGUACAUCCAGAUUCCUGUACUGCACUGUGUGCCUGGCUCUAAUGACAUCAGUGUAGGCAAUGAGGAUAUCAAGGAUUAUUUGGUUAACAUCCUUCUGGAGGCUGCUACAAAAGAAUACUGGGAAGGAGCAAGGUGCAUUGCUGUAUGCAGCCUGGGCCUGUGGGUGUGUGAGGAGCUCAUGCAACAGAAAAUUCACAAGCAGGUUAAGGAUGCCAUCAAUGUUCUGGGAGUAACACUAAAGUUUGGAAACAAAGUAGUGGCCCAAGUCGCCUGCGACGUGUUUCAGCUGCUGAUCUCUCACUGGGAGCAUCUCCAGAAGCUGGACUCCACUCUCCCAAAGAAAAUAAUUGAGAUCUUUGUGGCUACAAUAGCCUUUUUGUUGCCAAGUGCAGAGCACUCGACGGUGGAAGCAGACAAAAAGCUAAUGGUUUCGCUCCUGCUUUGCCUGCUGGACUGGUGUAUGGCUGUUCCCCUGAGUCUGCUGCUUGAACCCAUCACCAUGUCGUCUUUGGAGCCCCACUCACCCAGCAAGGCCCCACUCCUAGACUAUAUCUACAGGGUGCUGCACUGCUGCGUGUCCGGUUCAAACCUUCACACCCAGCAGAGCCACUACCUCCUCAGUCUGUCGGACUUGCCCAGCGAUUACGACCUGAUGUUGGGUCAGGUUAAGAGCUUUGAACCACCACCGUCCCAAAUGACGACUGCAGACUUUGGCAACCUGUUGACGGUAGCUGAGGAAAAGCGUCGUCGAAACAUGGAGCUCAUCCCUCUAACGGCGCGGAUGGUCAUGACUCAUCUGGUGAACCACCUUGGCCACCAUCCCCUGAGCGGGGGUCCGGCUCUCCUUCACAGCCUUGUCAGCGAAAACCACGAUAACCCAUACGUGGAGUCCUCCGAGCUGUCCUCUGAGGUCUUCAAGAGCCCCAACCUGCAGCUGUUUGUCUUCAACGACAGCACCUUGGUUUCCUACCUUCAGAUCCCAGCAGAGAUGCCCACUGCAGGUCAACCCCCGCACCCAUCCUCCCAAGUUCGCAUCAUCGUCCGAGACAUCUCAGGAAAGUACUCUUGGGAUGGAACGAUCCUAUACUGCACCACGCAGGAGGACUGUGUUGAUGAGGGGGUUUUCCAUCCAGUUGACCCACCUCUUUCCAAAACAUCUAAUACACACUGCAGAAACCAGCCACCCUCUCCGCUAAAAGCACAUUACAAAAGUUAUAGCCCAGUCUCAGACUCCCUCUCUAACUUCUGUGAAGAGGACGAGGUUGAUGUCCUGGACAAGCUUUUGGAGGAGCUUAGCCACACCAGCCCAGAAUGCCUCCCUCAACCACAGCUCAGGCUCAAUCAGCCAGCGCCGUCACCUCAUGGUAUGAACUUGGAUCAGGAGAACACCAUACUGGAGGCCAUUCUCCGUCAGACUCAGCAGGAGGAGGAGCAAGUCAGGAAGUGGGACGCUGAUGUGAGCUUUCGGGCCGCCUGCCAGAGAGAACCGUCCCACCAAGAACCAAAAGCUCCUUUCUACUUCUGCAGACUGCUUCUUAAUGAUCUGGGCAUGAACUCGUGGGAUCGCAGAAAAAGCUUCCACUUGCUGAAGAAAAACUCUAAACUUUUAAGAGAACUGAAGAACUUGGACUCCAGGCAGUGCCGAGAGACACACAAAAUUGCUGUGUUCUACAUCGGAGAGGGCCAAGAAGACAAGUGCUCCAUCUUGUCGAACUGCGCGGGCAGCCAGGCCUAUGAAGACUUUGUGUCUGGGCUGGGAUGGGAGGUGGACCUGGCCACACACUGCGGCUUUAUGGGAGGACUCCAAAGGAAUGGAAGCACAGGCCUAACAGCUCCCUAUUAUGCUACCUCCACUGUAGAAGUCAUUUUCCACGUAUCCACGCGGAUGCCGUCUGGUUCUGAUGAUAGCCUCACCAAAAAGCUGCGUCACUUGGGCAACGACGAGGUGCACAUCGUGUGGUCCGAGCACACCAGGGACUACCGACGUGGCAUCGUCCCAACGGACUUUGGAGACGUGCUCAUCAUCAUCUACCCAAUGAAGAAUCACAUGUACUUUAUCCAGAUCAUGAAGAAGCCUCAGGUUCCUUUCUUUGGACCUCUGUUUAAUGGCGCCAUCGUCACUGGGACACUGUUGCCAAGUUUGGUACGAGCCACUUGUAUCAAUGCCAGCAGAGCUGUCAAGUCCCGGCUAACUCUCUACCAGAGCUUCUACGAGGAGCGAGCACUCUACUUGGAGGCCAUUGUUCAGAACCACAGAGAGGUCAUGACCUUUGAAGACUUUGCAUCGCAGGUCUUUUCCCCCUCCCCUGCCUAUUCAACGAGCGGGACAGGAUCCCUCACUGGCAGCGUGAGCCCCGAAGGCGGAAAUACAGCGACAACUGACUCCGUCGAUCAGGUGUCUCCAACCCUUCCCCGUUCCACGAAACAGAGAGUUUCGGGAAAACUCCGCAGAUCAGCGAGUGCUAUAAGCAAAUCUUCAAACUAAGCGCUUCUACCCGUCCCCCAUCCCCAAGAGUGAAGCCUUUAAUCUGCUCUGGAAGAACCUCACACACCCUGCCGGGACUGCAAGAUUAUUUUUUUUUCUUUCGUUGUUUUUAUUUUCAUAUAAACAUUAACUUGAGCUUGUUGUCAUUUUAAUUUAAGUGGCUAUCGAUGAUCUUUGUCUCUACAUUUCAGUUUGUUUUACUGGGUUAAUAUAGACUGGAGCGAGACUAAAUUAUGUUCAUCAUGGUGGAUUCUUUAUAGGAAGUCUUUUGAGUCUUAAUGCAAACUGUGAUCCAAGUGUGAUUUUCAUUCUAAGAUUCUAGAGCUGUCUGAAAGCGCUAGAGAAACCGAUGUUCUUACUAUAGUAAGGAAACGGGGAGCCGUUAACUUAACACUUUAUGUAAAGAAGCACUGAAUGACACAGUUUGUGCUAAAGUUGCACAGGAGAUUGGUGUCCUUUUUUAGAUAUUUCUGUCUUUUUACCUCUUUUUGCAUCUGCCACUGCCUUCCUGUGUCGAUGAUUCCACAUCAGGUUGUAACUGAAGCUCUUGUCCUGCUCUGUAGCACCAGUUCGUUCAACGUUUGUGGAAGACUGAUGCAGUUUUGGAACACCUUUCCAGGUGGAUAUGUACACCAUGCACUACCACACCUGGGUACUGAGUCUCUGCAGUUUCCAAGUUGUUGUUUUUUCUGCCCCCCACCCUCCCCAUCGGACAAUCGAUGGCAUCCUUCCAACUGAAAUUAAAUUUGUUUUUGUAUUUUGUACCGCUCUCAUUUUCCUCUUUAAAUGAAUUCCAAUAGAUUUUGUCACCAUUUGAUUUAUGCAACUCUGCUGGAAUGAGAAAAGACUGCGUUUGUAAUCGUUCUAUGAUGUCAUUAACUUGGGCUCAUGUCCGGUAAUUGGAUAAGUUUCCUCCCGUCUCUUUCCUCCGCCAUCAGUUUUCCCUGUCCUGUGAUGACACCGACAUUCCAACAUUCCCAGCCUACCGACCUUUUUGCACUCGCUCAUCAUUUGCAUUGAACGUUCCUCCCUGUUAAGUUUGUUAGGGAUUCAGGUUGCUUUAAUUUCUUUCUUCUGUGUUUGCUAAAUGCAAUAAGUUAAUGAAUUAUUUUGUUGUGUUGUAAUAUGAAUCCUGUGCUGUUUAGAGGAAGAAGAAAAAAAAAAAAACGCCAGACCCUCAGGUGAAACUUUGCUCCAUGCACUGGGGUGUGUGUGUUGCGUGUGUGUGCGUGCGUGCACGUGUGUCGUAUGCAACCUUUUUGAGUGUGUUCCUACGUGUUCACGGUACCUGUGUAAUAAGAAGUACUAAUGAAACUAGAGAUGCACCGAUCUGAGCUUGGAGGCCAAUAGCUGCUUUGACCAGCCGAUGCAGAUUUUAGCACAAUCUGAUUUAAUCUUUAAGACCUAUAAUAUAAGAACAGGAUCCAAACUAUUUUUUUCUAUUCUUCCAGCUGUGACUGGUUGCUAUAAAAGAGGAUUGAUUUUUUUUUUUAUGCCUAAUGAUUGACUUGACAUUUAUAACUGGCUUUUACAUCUUAAAUUAGCAAUUAGCACAGUUGGCGCACCUGUAAUUACUAAAACACUAGUCUCCAUUUAUGUUUCCCGAGAACAUGUCUCUUUACCUUAACUCUGAGGUUCAUCAACGCAGCCAGUUUGUGAAACAUUGUUUUCAUGAAUCGGGCAGUACUUUAUCAAUUUGUUGGAGAGAAAGAAAAAAUCCUCUUUUAUUUCUUUUUUUUCUUUUCAUUAUUUUCAAACCAUGUUUUAAAGAAUUACUGUUCACCAUAGAGGUAUCCAGUUCAGGUUCGGACAGUAAUUUGGUAUUUUAGAUUUGGAAUCAGAGAUACGUACGUUGCAGUGGUUUCACUGUACUUAACUAGUGGCACAUAGACCAUUACAACUGGUCUGUCUAUGUGCCACGUAGUGAGAUGUAAAAGUUGCGGGCCUCUUCACUGCAGCUGUAACUAAAUGUAACUGAGCAACUUAUUUAUUAGCCAAGUCUUUUUAACACAACAGCUGAGCUACGUCCUUUUAAACUUCAAAGUGUUACACUUUACAAAGUUACAUGCUGAUAGCAACCGGAUAACGAAUGUCAAGGCAGGCUUCACGUUAACCAGAAAAAUAGUGUAAUUGUUAUAGCCACAAGAUCUUCACACCCUUGGUGUCAAUAUUCGUCACCACAUCCAUAACAGACGGUGGUUGAAAGCCCAAAAUGGGGAAACAGAGCAACUUUUCCCUGCUCCGUUUAGCCUUCCUGUUGUCUGCUAAAAGGUUUGCUCUCGCUUGCAGUUUGAAUUAGCUUCAACUAUAUUGUUAAAAUAAAAUAGCUUUUAUAUGGCAUGCUGCAUGUCUGUGCUUCCUCUGACAUCAUUUUAAACAAGUUACCAAUACUGAGAACAGCAAAUGUUGAGUCUUCACUCAGUAACAGCCUCCGCACCAGAGUGUGGUGUGAUAAGUUAUGGUCCGCUCACUGAUUGGGGGGAAAAUAAAAUGAAGUAGGUUUUGAGCGGCUGGUCAAGAUGGACAUUGGCCGAUUCUCGCCACCAGCAGGUUUCUUGGUGCAUCUCUGAAUUUAAAGCUUCUUUUUCUACCGGGUUCAACAUAAUGUGAUCAUCUCCUCUUUGGCCAAGUGCUGUUUUUUUCCCCUCCUCUGCAUCUCUAAAGAUCAGUGUCUUGUGCCUACCACAAAAAACAACAGGUGGAUUCAGGAGUGGUUAUAGCGAGCUACUCCAUCCUCAUCUCAGAAAGGAGUUGAGUGCAACCAACUCCUGCUCUUUCCCAUGAUCCUCUCUCCCUCUCUCCAUGUUGUCCCCCCUGAGGCCCCGGGCUCCUUGGGAGGGGCUGAGUUUGGGCUUAGGUGGCGUGCCAGAGCUGAACUCUCACCAGACCUCUUAGCAACAGCCAAGCCAGCAGCGCUCACAACCUGAACGCUCAGGUUGUCAUGGGAGCCAGGUGUCCACCCCUCCCCUCAUUUCCCUCCACCCCAAUGCACUCACACUGUACACUCACACUCUCUGAGAGCUCCACCCAAGCUGCAACACUAUCCCCAUCUGUUGCACUACUAUGCCUUACCGUCUUUCUCCAACAUCUCAUCUCCUUUUGUUUGCUCAUUCCUACACCAGAAUAUGGGGGAUCCAAACAGCAGGGGGAGGGGGGGGUCUUACAGAAAUGUUGUUGUGCUUUUUUUAUUAUUAUUAUUGUUAUUUUGUUGUGUUUUAAAGAAUGUAUGAAUAUAUAUAUAUAUAGGCCUGGACUUAUUUUUCCCCCAAAGUCUCUCGAAGGAAAUACCCACUAUGUUGAUCUAAAGAUUGUAGCUUGUAGACUAAUGUCUUUCUAAGAGAUAUUUUACUCCUCUUUUAGUGGCUUAGUCGCUGGAGGUGUUCGGACCAAGAUCGUGCGUCUUAUAUUUGUGAAGAAAAUGAGUUAGUCUUAGACUUGUUAUUUUUCUCUCUUCUCGUUUUAGAAAUCCUUGUACAUUGUGUCAAUUUCAGGGGCCUCGUUGCCCGCUUAAUAUAAAUAUAUUAUUGCCUGUAAUAUAAUCUUUGUAUAAGACGGCAAAAAAAAAGCUUGAAAUUUUCAUCAUUUGUCAACAUAUCAAACCGUUUUUAAUGACCGAAGUCCUGCUAUCUUCACUGGAAAUGUGAAAAUUAAAGCAUUUCAUUAAAUCAUUUCGAAAUUCUA